CGGUGCCCUUGAUCAGCUCUGGUUCACCAUGCUUCUGUCAACCAUCAGUAUAGGGAGAAGACCCGACCUGACAGAGUGCUCUGCGGUAAGAGCUUACACUCUCUACUGCGUCUGCGCUUCGUCCCAUGAACAUGGGGACAAGGCAAACUAUCCAGACAAACCAUGAGUGACCAGUGCUUGUCCCCAGCUCUCUUUGUCGCACCUGGCCCGAUAUGGAGCUUAUCUAUCUCUUUUCCCCGGCGAAGACACGCCAGUGCUAAUUGCUCGAAUAUCGCGAUAUAUAUACAUUUGAGAAUGUCCUGCCUUGGAGCAAAUCCCUGGAGCAGCCUUAUGCAAGAGCAGCUAAAGGUAUAGAAAAGGUUGCCGGCUUGAUCUAUGCUGCCGCAAUACUACCCCUGGGCUGCUGACUGCACAUGAUGUUUCGGGAUGGGUAAGGAAGGUUCCUGUUCUUAUACUUUACAAUACUCUAUCUGCCAAGAGCUUCCCACUCUAGCCUUACAAGGCUAUAUGCGACGAAGUGUAUUAACACUAUAUUGUUCUCUACUCCAAGACGGACACUGUCGCGUGUCUAUACAUGUGCAGAUAUUAACCUUGGGGUCCUUGAUGGGAGCAUCCUGCGGCUGGUGCUUAAUAUGUCCCUUUCCUCUCCCGUGAAGACCUGCGUGUCUUCCAGCGAUGUCAUGGACGUCUCUUCCACCAAGGGUGAGUGCCUUUGGACUGAAUUACACCACCACGGCGCGAGAGCACUUGGACAGGCAGCGAUCCACUCUAUCAAACUGCAAAUAGCCACCACAAUGGUCUGUUGCUGUGCGGCUGCGCUUUUUAGUCCUCUGUGAACAAUACCACAACAGUGACAUCAACCGCAAUCACAUUCGUCUCACACUUCUCCCUCUUCUCCCAGGCACCGAUGAUCCAGAUUCACUUGAUUCACUUGAACAGGUUCUAUUCAUCCAUUCUUUCGGCCACUCUUCUUCCCGAGGGCUUGAAAUACUCGUUCAAUGAACCCAACCCACAACAGCGAGUCCAUUCUCGAAGCGAAUCAAGCAAGGCAAAGCAAGGAUCUCUCUUCUCUUCUCCAUCUCUUGCCUCUGCUUCUCCUUGAUCUCCUACCUCUGCUUCUCCUCCAUCUUCUCUGCAAUCGAGCCAGACUCAGCCCCAUAACUCCUUAUCUCUUGACCACUCCAUCGCAAGAUGUCGCCAGACAAGUCGACUCAGACCGAGAUCGCCAUGACCUGCGCAACCUGCGACACCACCGACGGAGGACAUCAUGGUUCAGAUCUAUCCACCAAACCAGAGGACCGAUCUCAGGACACCAAGGGUUUCGAGGCCACUACAACUAAUCCUGCUACUGCGUCGGCUGCGCAAGACCAAGGAGUGACUGAACAGACUGCGCGAGUUGAUUCUCCCACCCUUCCUGAAUCUCCUACCCUUCCCUCCUUCGAUCUCGACCUCCUUCGACCCCAGACAAAUGAAGCCACAGAUUCAGCGACAUCAGAGACCAACACCAACACAGUCACUCCCUAUCACUACGACAGUGACAGCGAUGACAUCAACGACACCAACACCCCAGUCCUGCUUCGAGACCCUCAAACCGUCACCCUCGCCAUCACCAUUCAAGUCCGCGCAAAGUCACACCAAACCAUCACGCCGCAGGCAUCAACCGAGUCAUCGUCGUCGUCCUCCUUCACCUUCACCACCUCUGCGAGCAACUGUACCAGCCUAAUGUCACUCCGCGAUCUUCUCGUCGCAAAAAAUUCACAGUCUCGAUCCUUCCUGUCGCUCCACCUACUUAAUGCCGCCGAAAACAACAGCUUGAACCUCGACCAACUCGUCCAAGACCUGGACCGAGCGACAUUCAAGCUCGAAGAAGAUGGCCACGUGGCCACCAUGAACAUGACACCCGCAAGGGUGGAUCGGUCCCGUGCGUUCCCGGCCGCCGAGUACGAGGCGUGGUUCUGGCGCAACGUGCGCCGGGGCCACAAGGCCUCGUACGGUGUCCAGGUCAAUGUUUUGCUUUAGAGCAUGAGAUUUGGGAACAGCGGGAUCCGUGAGCCGAAAGAAAAUGACAUGAAUUUGACCUAA